AUGCUUUCCCGAGGAUCCGCCCGCACUGCGCAGAUUCUGCGCACCGCGCAGCCCGCGCGCGCCUACGCCACGGUCGGCUCUGACAUCUUCAAGCCCACCAAGUUUGGCGGCAAGUACACGGUCACCCUGAUCCCCGGUGACGGUAUCGGUGCCGAGGUCGCCGAGAGCGUCAAGACCAUCUUCAAGGCCGAUAACGUCCCCAUUGAGUGGGAGCAGGUUGAGGUCUCCGGCCUCAACACCAACACCCCCCAGAAGACCGAGGACCUCUUCCGCGAGUCCGUCGCCUCCCUCCGCCGCAACAAGCUCGGCCUCAAGGGUAUCCUGCACACCCCCAUCGAGCGCUCCGGCCACCAGUCCUUCAACGUCGCCAUGCGCCAGGAGCUCGACAUCUACGCCUCCAUCUCCCUCAUCAAGAACAUCCCCGGCUACCAGACCCGCCACGAGGGUGUCGACCUCGCCAUCAUCCGUGAGAACACCGAGGGCGAGUACUCUGGCCUCGAGCACCAGUCCGUCCCCGGCGUCGUCGAGUCUCUCAAGAUCAUCACCCGCGCUAAGUCGGAGCGCAUCGCAAAGUUCGCCUUCAACUUCGCCCUCGCCAACAACCGCAAGAAGGCCAUCUACGGCGUCAUUGCCGACGGCAAGGUCCGCACUCGUGACAUGGGCGGUGAUGCCACCACCCACCAGUUCACCAAGGCCAUCCUCGACAAGAUGGACACCUUGUAA